AUGGCUGUUUCUAAUAAGAAAUUGGCUUCGUUAAUCUCCGUAAUCGCUUCUUCUCUGUUUGCGUUCCUCAUCGUCUUCCAGAUUCCGCUUUUCAGAGUAGCGUGCGGGAAAAAGAGCUGCGAAACACCACUAGAGGUCAUCUCCUCUCAGCUGAUUGGAUUCGGAAAUGAAGCCAUUCCUUCGUCGCUUGUCAAGACCCUCCUUUAUCCUGGUGCCAUUGCCAAGUCUCUUAUCUCCGGCUCCAGACUCCCCAGCUAUCACAAAUUGCUCAGCUUUUACAGUUUCGACCACAACAACACAUCCACCGAUAUCCAUCAUCUAGAGGUGUUUGCUGGGAGUUGUUUAUGCCUGCUAGGAGCUUUGCUGAGCCUCUUCAAACCCAGAAGAUUAACCUUCAUUGGAACGCUUUUGAUCUUUUGGGGUCUUAUCAGAGAUAUUCUUCUACUCGACUCGUCUCCUCAUGGCUGGAGAAGCGCCGCCAGAAACUCGGUUCGUGUCUACCCAACGCUCUUUCUCGCUUCCCUCUCUGCAUUCCUCUCCAUACGAAGCGACGUCAGGAAGAUCAUCCGCUGUUGCAGAUCCAAGCCCCUUUCCAAAUCUCUCUGA